UUAAUGUCUGAGAGCAGGUGUUUUUCGCUCAGCUGAAAACUUACCAUCAUAUCAUAUUUGAAGAAGCGAGCAUACUGAAAACGCAUAUUUUUGUGUAGCAUAUACUUUCUUCGGCCAUUUCAAUUUCAAUUCUUAAUGGCUUAUCACUCUAAAGCCACUGCUCUGGUUCUUUUGGUCCUCUGGGUGACCUUCACUUGUCCCCAGUUGGCCUCUGCCGGAGAGGAUGAGGACGAGGACGAGGAUGGACUGUGCAAGAGUGACAUGGAGUGUGAGUGGUGGGCCACUUAUGUGGUCAAGAGUGACAAACACAUGUGUUGUGAUGGACACUGUAAAGAGACAUGUCUCAGCGACGCGGCCCUCAUUCUGCUGUUCGUGGUGCUUCCAUGUGUUGGCUGCAUCCUCUGUGUCGGCAGCAUCACAGGCGGAAUCAUGUAUGCAAUCAAACUGGGCAACAAGAAACAGCAAGUUCAAGUAGUUGCCGGACCCACUGUUGGACACCCAGUCAACUUCCAAUACCCAGCUCCCUACCUGGUGCCCGGCUACAGCAUGCACCAGCACCCUCCCCCCGGGUACAUGGAACCAUUCACUCCCGUGGAGUCAAAUCAGCCAGGGUUCAAAAACUACUGAAAAUUGAAAAACAAACUUCUAUUUUGCUAUAAUAAGUAUUUUUGACGGUUCUGAUGUUUUCUUUCACUGUGAAUGAUUUUGAACAAGAGCGAAGUC